AUGGCGACAGCAACCCGUUCGAGCGCCCGUUUGGCCGCCACUGCAACCGCCACAAAGCCAACGGAGGACGUUGAAUCUGCCGGCAACCGUGUCACCAAAUCAGCAAAAGGCACUGCCCGGGCUGCGAAGCGAGAUCUAUCGGACAAGGAAAACACUCCCCAACCCGAGAAGAGGAAACGCGCCGCAACCAAGACCUCAAAGCCCACCCCGUCCAAGAAGGUCAAGACUGAAGACGGUGACGAUGCGGCAUCAUCGGGCCUUGCCAAUGUCCCCCAAUCGACGCCAAUCAAAAAGGAUUCAAUCAAGACUGAGAGCCCAGACGCCAAGACAAAGGUAGCAAAGUCGCCCGCUGACCUGAAGUCCAAGAAACUCAAGGCAUACUCGCAAUACGCCGACAAGUCACCGUUCCCCGACUUUUCUCACCCGACCCCGGAUGAGUGCCGCUUAGCCCACCGCAUCCUGGCUAAGCUCCACGGCAAACGGGAACGUCCCGCUGAGGUCAAGGCUUCCACAACCCGUGCCGGCUGCGGUGACUCACCGUCUGUCCUCGACGCCCUCGUAAGGACGAUCCUGAGUCAGAACACCAGCGACACCAACUCAACCCGUGCCAAGAAGAGCAUGGAUGCCGUCUACGGCGGAAGCGACGAGUGGGAAAAGAUUGUCGAGGGCGGGAUUCCCAAGCUGCAGGAGGCCAUCAAGUGCGGCGGGCUGAGCCAGGUGAAGAGCAAGGUCAUUAUUGGCAUUCUGCACCAGGUGAAGGAGAAGUACGGGUCCUACUCGCUUGACCACCUCUUCAACGCCAGCAAUGAAGAAGCGAUGCAGGAGCUCAUCAGCUUCCAGGGCGUUGGGCCAAAGACUGCCAGCUGUGUUCUCCUCUUCUGUCUGCAGAGAGAAUCGUUUGCCGUUGACACCCAUGUGUGGAGGAUCACCGGACUCAUGGGCUGGCGUCCCAAGAGCGCCUCUCGAGACGAGACGCACGCGCACUUGGAUGUCAGAAUCCCGGACGAGGACAAGUACGGGCUCCAUAUCUUGCUCGUUAAGCACGGCAAGGUAUGUGAUGAGUGCAAAGCCGGUGGCAAGAGCAUCGGGAAAUGUGAAUUAAGAAAGGCGUUUCGGCAGGAGAAGAUUAAGAGCGAGGAGGGGAAGCCAUCGGAGCUUGACGAAUAG